AAAGCUUAAUUUGCCCAUCACUAGUUCUCGGCCAAUCACGUUUCAGUAUACAUGUGUUACAAACCAGGUGCUCUGAUAUGCAACAAAUGAAGCACAAGACAGAAUGGGCUCGUGUCUAGGGGGUUUUAAUAAACAAAAAGGCGAUAUAGAACAGAGAAUUUAGUUAACGAAGUAGAACGACGAGGGAGGCCCGAAUAGCGUGGCAGCACGCAGUUGAAGGAGAGACCUUCUGGUCGGCGAUCCCGGCCUUAAAACAUAUCGGGCUCCGCCCACGGCUGACAGGCAACACCUGCACACAAUUAAAGUAUAGGCAAAGUAACAGACACAGAAAUAAGGUCAAACAGCGACCCCUAAGGCAGGAGAACGUAACAACAUGAUACGUUUAAUUGAUUGGCGCUUUGGUUGAAGAGCAUUAUUUUAAACAGCUGUCUGCUGUUUGUGCUUAGUUAAACGGUUUUCUUUUGCGGAAGCGAACAAAUACGGCGCUUGGAUACAGUUAAUCAGAACUUCUUUAAAGAUCCCCAAUGAACUGCACCUCAGUCCAGUAGAUGGCGGUAAUACACGUAGCUUGUAAACCGCCAUAAAACUCUACAGAAGAAGAAGAAGAAGUUAAUCAGAACACUAUUUUAAACAGCUGUCUGCUGUUUGUGCUUAGUUGAACGUUAUCUUUUUGCGGAAGCGAACAAAUACGGCGCUUGGAUACAGUUGAUCAGCAUUCCUCCGUAAAUUAACGGGACCGGGAAGCAUCUGUCAGUCAUCUAUUUACACCACUAAUUUGGGCGUACUUAGGUACCUUACAAUUCCGGUGCAAGUACCGGUCUCACGAAUUCACUUUUUUGUUCAUUUGACACGUGAAACUGGAUAAUACUAGGCGCUCUUUAACAAUGAGUUCGCUAGUGGGUUGUAGCAAACGGGCCGAAAAGGGCAAAAACAACCAAGUGGUUGUACGAUGCAGGUAAGUUUCUCAGACUAUUUAUUUGGUCAAAAUUAUAUGGGUAGCAAUGCAUCUACAUUACCAUGUUUUUACAGGCCUUUCAACGCAUCGGAGCGCAAGACUGGCUCACAUGGAGUUAUCGAUUGCGACCAUAACAGAAAAGAAGUAGCUGUUCGAACUGGAGGUUUUGCAGACAAAAGUGCCAGGAAGACCUACACAUUUGACAUGGUGUUUGGACCGUCGGCAAAGCAGAUUGAUGUUUACAGAAGUGUCGUGUGUCCUAUUUUAGACGAAGUGAUAUUGGGCUACAAUUGUACCGUUUUCGCCUAUGGUCAAAAAACUGGUACAGGAAAAACCUUCACGAUGGAGGGGGAGAGAUCUCCUGAUGAAGAGUUCACAUGGGAGGAGGUAGAGAAACCUCAAACUCCGUCUGAAGACUGAAGCCAGUUCAAAG